AUGGUGAUGGUGAUGGUGACGAUGAUGAUGUUGAUGGUUGAUGGUGAUGAUGAUGGGUGUGGGACGCAGAGCGAAUGGGCGAUGAUGUCCUCUCAAGCUCGAGUGUUCAUUUCACGCACCGGAUCCUCAACGUCGCAGGAGCCAAGAAAAGGGGCUGCAGCCAUCCCAGCGCCCGGCGGCCAAUCACUCCCCCGGUCGUUCCCCCGGCUCAGCUUGCAGGUGUAUCAGACUGCCGGGGCCGGAACAAGAUCGACAGGAAUCUGCUGGAGUCCCGCCAACAGCAUGAGCAGCGUCCACUGGGAUACCGCUUUGCCCCCCAGAGUUCCAAACCUCGCACGCGCCGAGGAUCAAGCUUGA